AAUGGUUCGGUCCGAUCCAAUCACGCCACCACCACGAGGCUGCGAGCCGGCGUCAGGUCGCGUUACCGGCGGGCGAUUGUUCUUUUUACCCGCCUGGAAUUUUCCACACGGAGACCCUCGGCUUCACUUCUAAUAUUACACGACAAGCUCUGCGAUUUCGGAAGGGUGGAAGAGACACUGAUUCUACUGGGGCUUCGGGGCUUCCGCAUUGAAAGACAUUUUAAGGUCGCUCGUCUGUGUCGUAGGAUUGAAAAAAAUUGCCAUUUCACGACUGGAGCACGACUAGACCACGACUGGAGCACGACUGUGUGAGAAUGGAUCACGACAUCAUCGGUGUCUACCGCCGAGUGUGGACCUUCCUCACCAUAUACGUCCAACUCACACUGUCAACCUUAGCGGCUGGUGCCUCUACCCGACAGGAGGAGGAGCUGUGCAUGUCUCCCCUGGGCUGCUUCAGCACCGCACCGCCCUUCUCUCACCUGCCGCUGCCCUGGCACAGGGACGUCAUCAACACAAAGUUCCUACUGCGCACGCGCUCCAACCCAGACGAGGACCACCAGAUUCACUCAGGAAACAUGACGUCACUGAUGACGUCAAACUUCGAGGACAAGGUUAAGACCUACAUCUCCAUCCACGGGUUCACCAUGUUCUCCGCCAUCCCUGAUACGCACUGGCAUUUCGAGUUUACCAAACGGCUGCUAGAGAGAGAGAACGCCAACGUGUUUUUCGUGGACUGGCAGGGCGGCUCCCGGACGGGAGUUGACGCCAAUCAGGCCGCCUCGAACGUGCGCGUGGUCGCCGCCGAGCUGGUCUACUUCUGUGAAUGGCUACAGAAUCAAACCGGUGUUUCCUUCGAGUCUUUCCACUUGGUCGGCUUCAGCUUCGGGUCUCAGGUGGCGGGGUUGGCGGGGGGACGGCUCAACAACCUGGGCCGCAUUACAGGGUUGGACCCGGCCGCCUUCGGUUUCGAGGACAAUCCUCCUGACGCCCAGCUGGACGAGACAGACGCCGUGUUUGUUGACGUCAUCCACACUGAUGGUGAAAUCAUCGCAGGCUGGGGACCAAGUAUAAAGCGGCCGAUCGGACACGUGGAUUUUUACCCCAAUGGAGGUCUGAACCAGCCCGGCUGCGAUCCCUGUAAGUUUGACUUUGAUUAUGUCGUUGACUUUUCUUGUUCGUGA